UUUAGCUCACAGCAACAACAGCGCAAGAUCACGGAGUUCAAAUUCUAGCAGCCUGAAUUUGUUUUAACGUUUGUCUUUGCAGUAAUGAGAAGAAGGAUCAUUUUCCUAUUCCAAGACACAUAGAGGAAUAAUUUUGAUCUCUUCUUUGAGACAUGAGUGAUACACAUCGUAUAAGUCCAUCCACCCCGAUGGGGGAAGUAGAACACACCAAUAUUCUGUCACAAGAUAUAGGUCAUCUUUUUUCCAAUGAGGAAUACAGCGAUAUAACUCUUGUUGUGGAAAAUCAGAAAUUCCAUGCACACCGUGUCAUCCUAGCUGCAAGAUGUCAGUAUUUCAGAGCCCUAUUCUACGGUGGAAUGCGAGAGUCCGAUCCUGAAUGUUGUGAGAUUGAGCUCCAAGACACUACAUCACAGGCCUUUGAGGCGCUCCUUAAAUACAUCUACACAGGCUGUCUCAAUCUACUAGACCUCAAGGUAAGAAGGCGAUCAUUUACACCCUACAUGUAGAAUCAUAGUUUACAAAGACGUUUUAUAGUACAAAGCACAAUAUUGAAUAAAAAAAUUGUUGCCAGUCAUAAAAAUAGUUCAGCUAAAGUACAAUGGGUGUCUGGAAGCUGCUAUACCUCAAGGUAAAAAUAAUCCAAGGAAGAAUAUUAAGGGUUGGGUUCAGAGCACAUAUUCCACCUUAAAUCAUUUUUUACAAAGAUGUUUAGUCUAAAACUCAGUUACAGUCAUGCAAACAAACAGUUAAAAACAUGUGUCUUCAAAGUUCAAUGUGAUAAUGCAGAACUAUUGGUUACUGAAAAUAGAUAACAGAGUACAUUACAGAGAUCGCAAUCAUGAUUUUAUGAUAUAAUUAUAUUGUACUACUUUUGGUCCAGGUAUGCAUUGUAUUAUGUACUCCAGGUUACUGCCAUGGUCUUGAUAUGAGGGAGAAAGCGCAUUGAUGAAAAAUUGCUUGAAUUCUCUCCUUCAUUGUCAUUGGCCAUGUUUUUUGUGUUCCUAUUGAUAUCUGAUUUACAUUGUGAUUCUAGCUUAGAAAAAUUGCAGGAAUGUACCCCCAAGCUCCUUUGGAUCAGAGUCAUCCAGGAUAUGUUGUUUUGUAGAUUCAUUUUCAUUUCUAUAUUCGUAAAUGUGGUGACUUGCAAAAAUGACAAUUGUAUAACAUGUAGGUUUGCUAUUAAUCCUUUGCUCACCCGAACUAGUUGAUCCCUGUACAAAAUAUAUAGGUAUUACAUAUUUCUAUUGCAAACAGGCUAAUUAUAUCUCUGUGUUUUUGUCUCACCUGCAUAGCAGAGUGAGACUAUAGGCGCCGCUUUUCCCGCGACGGUGGCGGCGGCGGCGGUCAACACCAAAUCUUAACCGAGGGUUAAGUUUUUGAAAUGACAGCAUAACUUAGAAAGUACAUGUAUAUGGACCUAGUUCAUGAAACUUGGCCAUAAGGUUAAUCAAGUAUUACUGAAGAUCCUGCCUGAGUUUCAGGUCACAUGACCAAGGUCAAAGGUCAUUUAGGGUCAAUGAACUUAGACCAUGUUGGGGGAAUCAACAUCAAAAUCUUAACCUAAGGUUAAGUAUUUGAAAUGUCAUCAUAACUUAGAAAAUAUAUGGACCUAGUUCAUUAAACUUGGAUAUAAGGUUGAUCUGUUGGGGUAUCUGUUGAAUUACCAUCAUAACUUAAAAAGUUUAUGGAUCUGUUUCAUGAAACUUGGACAUAAGAGUAAUCAAGUAUCACUGAACAUCCUGUGCAAGUUCCAGGUUCAUGAUCAAGGUCAAAGGUCAUUUAGGGUCAAUAAUCUUUGGCCAAAUUGGGGGUAUUUGUUGAAAUACCAUCAUAACUUUGAAUGUUUAUUGGUCUAGUUCAUAAAACUUGGACAUAAGAGUAAUCAAGUAUCACUGAACACCCUGUGUGAAUUUCAGGUCACAUGACCAAUGUUAAAGGUCAAUAAACUUUGGCUAUGUAGGGGGGUAUCUGUUGAAUUACCAUCAUAACUUUGAGAGUUUAUGGAUCUGAUUUAUGAAACUUCGACAUAACAGUAAUCAAAUAUCUUUGAAGAUCCCGUCUAAGUUUCAGGUCACAUGACCAAGGUCAAAGGUCAUUAAAGGUCAAUGAACUUUGGCCAUGUUGGGGGUAUUUGUUGAAUUACCAUCAUAACUCCGUAAGUAUAUUGGUCUAGUUCAUAAAACUUGGACAUAAGAGUCAUCAAGUAUAACUGAACAUCUCAUGCUAGUUUCAGGUCACAUGACCAAAGUGAAAGGUCAUUUAAGGUCAUUGAACUUUGGGGCCAUUUUAGUGGUAAUUUUUUUCUUGCUGUCAUAACUUUCAAAGUUUAUAGUGUAUAAAAUGUGGAUAGAAGGGUAAUCAAGUAUCACUGACAAGUUUUAGGUCACAUGAUCAAGGUCAAAUGUCAAUGAACGUAGUAUUGUAUCAUGUGAAUGGUGUUUUUUGUGAAUAAUUAUUUUAAAGUAGUUUUCAAAGUCAGCACUGCUGCUAUAUUGAAUCACGUGAUGCAGGUGAGACUGCCAGAGGCAUUCCACUUGUUGGAGGUAUGUUUGCAUACAGAUGGGGUAGCUUGAAAGAACUUCAGGAUUUUUUUUUUUUUUUCAUUUUGUUACUGAAUGAGUUUAUGUUGGAUUUUCUAUGUGUAGGCCUAUAGUUUGCAGGCAGAAAAUAUAUCUUUACUCUUUUCCCUUUCUCCUGCAUGUACAUGUAGAGUAGAAUAGUACUUAGAUAAUACAUUUUCUGUUGUAAUGAUUAGACAGUGGACACUUUUUAAACAGAUAUGGAUCAAAUCAUCAUUUGGUGUAGAUUGAAUAAUAGCCACCCCACCCCCACUACUGUUUAGAAUUGAAAAUAUUCCAAUGAUCUCUACACCAAAGAAGAUUGAAAUGAAAAUGAUAUGAGAGUACAUGUAGAUCUCAACCUCACUUCCCAGCUGCUGAGAGCUACAUAUAAUACACGUUAUACACAUCAAUGUUUGAAACCCCCUCCUAUCAUCAUAUAUGUUUGGUCAUUUGAGUCCCAGCAGGCUGCUCUAUACUGUACAUGUAGGUGUGCUAUUUAAGUCCUGGGAGGAACUAUCCCCUUCCAAACUGCAAGGGAUGCCAUGCACAUGCCAGUCACUGACAUCUCAUUCAUCAAUGACCUGUUCACACACAAUAUGUUUAUCAAACAUUUGCAUUAAAAAUCAAUAUAUCCUGUAGGAAUAUAUUUCAUGUAUCAAAGGGAUUGUGCAGAUAGUCCAUUCUUACAACGUUCGCAGCAGACUGUGGGAGUGUUCUCAGUGACUUAAGAGUUUCACAAGAAAGAGCAUGGGUGAAUAUACUGUACAGCAGGGCAAAACCUUUGGUGCAGCAUCAUGACUCCUGGAUGACUUUACUGUGAAAUGGCAUCAUGCAUAAUGCCUCAGGGGUGAAAUCCCAUGUUGUGCAUUAUUACAUGUAGAU